GGAAAGAGCAGCCCGCUACAGCAUUAACAAUGGUGAAGCCCCAUCUUCGGCACUACCAGGUCGUCGGCCGCGAGACCCCCUCGGAGAAGAACCCCGAUCCGACCGUCUACAAAUUUGAGGUCUUCGCGCCGAACUUCGUCGUGGCGAAGAGCCGCUUCUGGCGAAUGAUGCGUCAGAAGAACAAGGUUAAGUCCACCCACGGUGACGUGCUCUCCUGCAAGGUCGUCAAGGACGCAAAGCUGGCGGCGCGCAACUACCUCGUGGAUAUCGCGUACUACAGCCAGCGCUGCGGUUUCACGCGGAUGGUGAAAGAGUUCCGCGACGUCUCCAAGGCGGGUGCAGUGAGCCAGGCCUACCACGACCUCGCCUCCCGCCAUCGCGCGCGCUACCACAACAUCGAGCUCCUCGAGGUGAAGAGCAUCCCGAAUCACGAGGUGCGCCGCCUGAAUAUCUCGCAAUACCACCCCGCGAACCUCUCCUUCCCGCUGCUGCAGCGCCGCCUCAAGGCCGCCCGCAAGGACCGUGCGAUCUUCGUCAAGAAGGGCACCAAGCGCGCCGUGGUGCAGUAAAGGCCACGCGAGUGAAGGGAAAAACGAGGACGACGGAGGGUCGAUCUGUUUGGUUCAUUGGCCUGCCUUUCAUCUAGUUGGAUGCUUUUCCACUUUUUUGGUUUCAUUUUAGAUUAACAAAGAAA